GCAGACGGCGUAUUUAUAAGACAGAGUUCCGCGUGUGAAUCCUCAGUGCAAUCGUUGUCAACACCUUACGCCACAUUACGUUCCGGAAGGAAAACGCGAGGUCAUUUAUUUACCUCAGCUUCGAAUAUCCGAGACAGGGAUUUAAUUAAAAAUAUCCUAAAUAGUCGUUGAAAUAUUCUUAUCUAUCACUCAAAUAUUUUUAUCUAUAUCAGCACGCUAACAAUUAACUGGAGUUGUUAAAGUGUCAAAUGAGACACAGUGAAGAAUAUCUUCAUUAUCUUUCAGUGUCUUCCUUAUAAAUCUUGAGAUUAUUACUGGAUUACCCAGCGAGUUCAAUUCUUCAGGACAACAUCAAUCGGCUUUUAUGUUUUAAAUUUGAUUAUCAAUAUUCGUCCAAGCGAUUGUUUAAUCAGCGAUUCCAGUGAUCGGGAAAGACGCUUCCUAUACGUUUCUUGCCAGGUCACCUCGGCGAAUAACCAUUCUCGUCUUGAAGAAUGAGGGAAUCGGAAUGGGUGAUCCUGUUCGUCCUGAUGGUCACAACUCUCCAUUCGCCGGUGGAGGGGAAGAUACUCACGCAAUGCGAGGCUGCAAGAGAGUUGGAGCGGGCUAAGAUCAGCAAGAGCUUAAUCAGCAACUGGGUCUGCCUGAUGCAAAGCGAAAGUGGAAUGAACACGGCGCUGGUAACUGGUCCAAAGACAGCCUCCAGCUACUCUUACGGUAUUCUUCAGAUCAACAGUGUCAAAUGGUGCACCAGAGGACGCACAGGUGGCAUCUGCAAUAAACGCUGUGAGGACUUCCUGAACGACAAUAUACAGGAGUCCAUCGCGUGCGCCAAGAAGAUCUUCGAUCGAGAAGGAUUCAAGGCGUGGGACGGAUGGACGAAGAAGUGUAAAAACAAACCGCUGCCCAAUGUAUCGAACUGCACACGAAAGAAGAGAAUGGUCACCGAGAUCGAAACGGCCGAGAUCGAAACCGAUUCGAUCGUUUAGUGAUAGGUGAUUGUGAAGUGUGCUAUUUAGCACACUUGAUUGCAAUCAAUGCGAAACUUGAAUCGAUUUUGCUGUUAAGAAUGUUCAGAAAUCUUUCGUAAAAUUUAAAUCUUGCACGUUAACUUACGUAAAUUAUUAAUCAGACAGCGUAUUUAUUUUCGAUUUUGUUAAUAUGUCGUACUCGACGAAUAAAAUACAUCAUACAAACAAAAUAUGCCGGUAUGCUUCAUAAAUAUGUAUCUAAACCGAUUGGAUUGACGCCAGUUAUGACGCAAGGGUUUACUGUCUUAAACCCACGUUGCACGACUUGGCAGACAACACCACGCGAAAUGGUUUAGAAAUUCCGACUAUUAGAAUCACAAAACCGUACGUGACAAGAUUUUGCAGGCGUCUUCCCGAUUUCAUCUCUUUACACUCACGUUGCGUAUGUGACAUUUAAGAAGAUUGCUUUUGCUUUCAAACUCAAGUGUCGUAUAUUUACGAAAUUCAAAAAUAAAAUUAUAAAUUUAAUAUAAAAUGUCUCUAUGCCAAAGCAAAAUAGAAUACUUUUAAGAAUCUCUUUAAAAGAAAGGAUGAUGAAAAGAUACCAUAACUUUAUUGUAAUUUUGUGCCAUAAAAAAUAAUUUAUAAUUAAAUAACGUAAAUCUUAAAUUAAACAUAAAUAUAUUAUAAUUAUAUAUAAAUAUAAAUUUAAAUAUUUUAAUAUAAAUUUUAAUUUUACAACUUGUUAUUUACGUUUACGUACCUUGCAAUAAAUAUUUACACAUACAUAUG